AUGGCGACUUCCUUGCAAUGCGCUCCUUCCACAUUGCGACCAUUUGCACCUUCCCUCUGUCGUUCCGCACCUCCUUCCAUUUCAGCCUCGUGCACAGUUCCUUCCCUGCUCUGUCUCUCACCCCUAUUCGGCGAUCUUGUCGUCGCGAUCGUCUUCACCUGCUUCACCGACUGCAUCGCUGCUAUUGUUCUCGCGUACGAGACCCCCGAGGCCGACCUCCUGCUGCGCCCACCCCGCAACCUGCGCACCACCCGCCUCGUCAACUGGCAGCUCAUGUUCCAUGCCUAUGGAUUUGUCGGCAUGUUUGAGGUCGUCCUCAGCUUCACCAUGGCCUACUGGUACCUCGUGCGCCGCGGCGUGCCCUUUGGCGAGCUGUGGCUGUCCUUUGGCAACUACGACGCGGACUUUUUGGCCACCGUCGACGGCCUGGACGGCCUGACGGCGCGCAUCAACGAGGCCAGCUCGGUGUAUUUCAUCACCCUCGUCGUGCUGCAGUGGUUCAAUCUCAUGGCCGUGCGCACACGCCGCCUCUCGCUGUUCCAGCACCCGCCCGCGUUCAACAAGGCGACGCAGAACCUGCUGCUGUUUCCGGCCAUUGUCUUGUCGCUGGGCAUUGCCGUUAUCUGGCUGUACAUUCCGCAGCUGCAGGUUGUGCUGGGCACGUCGGGCGUGCCGGCCGAGUACUACUUCUUGCCCAUGGCGCUGGGACUGGGCCUCCUGGGCCUCGACGAGGCGCGCAAGGCAUCGGUGCGUCGCUGGCCCAAUGGCCUUCUGGCCAAGAUGGCCUGGUGA